AUGAAGUUGAAUUUCGAAUUUAAAGUUAAAAAAUCGACGAAGACAUUGUUCACUGUUGGAUGUACCGAGCAAGGUUGCAAAUGGGGUUUGCGUGCAAAAAGUAUCCAAGGUGGUGACUCAUUCAUCAUUUCGAAGUUUAAUGAUGUUCACAAGUGCAAACGUGAAGUACUGAACCAUGACCACAGGCAAGCUCGAAGUUGGGUGGUUGGUCAGUUAGUGAAGUCCAAUAUAGAGGAUGUCAGCCCAUUGAAGGCUGUUAAUGAAGGCACUAUUUUUGAAGUGGAACUGGAGGAAGAUAAAUAUUUUAAGUACACGUUCAUGGCCCUAGGUUGCUGUAUUAGAGGGUUCUCCAGUUGUAUCCGCCCAGUGCUGGUGAUAGAUGGUGCACAUCUCAAGGGUAAAUAUAAAGGUGUUAUUCUUAUUGCUUCUUCUGUUGAUUGCAACAAUCAAAUAUAUCCUCUUGCCUUUGGACUUGUCGAUCAAGAGAGUGAUCAAUCCUGGACUUGGUUUCUGAACAUGGCAGGUCUUUCCACAAGCGGCGAUGAAAUAUGCAUGCAACACUUGUCUACGAACCUGAAGGAUGAGUUCAAGGAUGAUGCCAUGCAAGAAAUGUUCAUAUUAGCGGCAAAGGCUUGCCAGAAAUCAGAGUUCAGAUACUAUUUCUCCCAACUAGCAGGAUUUUUAGAGGUCCAGCGAUACUUGGAAAGAAUUGGUUUUGAAAAAUGGACUCGUGCAUUUCAACCGGGUUUGAGGUAUGACCAAAUGACAUCUAAUAUUGCGGAGUCUAUGAAUGCAGUCCUUGUCCAUGCACGUUCUCUGCCAGUCACUGCACUUCUAGAACAUGCUCGUGCACUCUUACAACGUUGGUUUUACGAGAGGCGAACAUACGUAUCCAGUCGCGAAACCAUUCUCACUGACUACGGUGAGAAUAAGAUGCGUACUGCAGAGAACCUCUCUCGUACUCACUCCAUCACACCUAUUGACCAUCACGAGUUGGAGGUUAUCGAUGGACUAAAAAGGGUGCGUGUGAAUUUAAAUGCAAGGACCUGUGGAUGUAAAGAGUUUGACUACUUUCAGCUUCCUUGCUCCCACGCUAUUGCAGUGGCCACCUAUCGGAAGGUGAACAGGUACACACUAUGCUCACCUGCAUAUACUCUUCAAACUCUCAUUAACGCAUAUGCCAAACAUGUUUACCCUCUCGGCGAUGAGGAGGAUUGGAUAUUACCUGAUGACUUCGUCGACCGUAUAGUAGAGACGCCGAGAUAUGUUCCACGCAUUGGUCGACGUCAAACUGUACGAAUUCCAUCUGCUGGGGAGACCCGCCAAGUCCACAAAUGUGGUCGGUGUGGCAACAUGGGUCAUAAUAGAAAAACAUGCCGCCAACCACUUAGAACUGUAGAUUGA